AUGAAUAUUGGACUAAGAUUGUUCAGAGCAGUGCAGAAGCACUCCUCUCAAGUUCGAGCAUACAGCCAAUUACCACCAGAGUUGGUUGUUUUCAUGAACAAUGAAAUGAUAGUUUGCUGGCAUCCAGAACAAACAUUUCCUUACGAAUGUUCAAAACCGUUGCCUGUCAGAGAACCAGAACCAGAGUCAGUGUUGAAAAUAGGAGAAGCAGAAGUCAAGGCAAUGUUUAAACAUCCAAAAGCUGAUUUAAUACCCGAGGAGCUUGGGAGGAUAACGUAUACUUGUAAGCAUAGGUGGUUCCCUAAGGCACGUUCUAAGAAGUAUAAAAAUACUGAACCUGAUAGACCAUACUUGUAA